UCAGGAACCUCUUGGACAAAGACAUGUUUUCCAAGUCUGACCCACUGUGCGUCAUGUACACUCAAGGGAUGGAGAACAAACAGUGGCGGGAGUUUGGGCGCACCGAGGUCAUCGACAACACGCUGAACCCCGACUUCGUGCGCAAGUUCAUCGUGGACUACUUCUUCGAGGAGAAGCAGAACCUCCGCUUCGACCUGUACGAUGUUGACUCCAAGAGCCCUGAUCUGUCCAAACACGAUUUCCUGGGCCAGGCCUUCUGCACCCUUGGGGAGAUCGUAGGGUCGUCUGGGAGUCGCCUGGAGAAGCCCCUCACCAUAGGAGCGUUCAGCCUGAACUCCAGGACGGGCAAGCCCAUGCCGGCCGUGUCCAGCGGAAGUGGUCUUUGGAUGGAAAGUUUGAGAACCACUGGUCCGGAAGCUUCCGGCGGAAUCCCAGGGAAGAAAUGUGGCACCAUCAUCCUGGCUGCCGAGGAGCUGAGCAACUGUCGGGACGUGGCCACCAUGCAGUUCUGUGCCAACAAGCUGGACAAGAAGGAUUUUUUCGGCAAGUCCGACCCCUUCUUGGUGUUCUAUCGAAGCAACGAGGAUGGAACAUUCACCAUCUGCCACAAGACCGAGGUCGUGAAGAGCACCCUGAACCCCGUGUGGCAGACGUUCUCCACCCCCGUCAGAGCCCUCUGCAACGGAGACUACGACCGGACCAUCAAGGUGGAGGUGUAUGACUGGGACCGAGACGGCAGCCACGACUUCAUCGGGGAGUUCACCACCAGCUACCGCGAGCUGGCGCGUGGGCAGAGCCAGUUCAACAUCUACGAGGUGAUCAACCCAAAAAAGAAAAUGAAGAAAAAGAAAUACAUGAAUUCUGGCACAGUCACCCUGCUCUCCUUCGCUGUGGAAUCCGAGUGCACGUUCCUCGACUACAUCAAAGGAGGGACCCAGAUCAACUUCACGGUGGCCAUUGACUUCACCGCCUCCAACGGGAACCCCUCGCAGUCCACGUCGCUGCACUACAUGAGCCCCUACCAGCUGAACGCCUACGCGCUGGCCCUGACCGCUGUGGGGGAGAUCAUCCAGCACUACGACAGCGACAAGAUGUUCCCCGCCCUGGGCUUCGGGGCCAAGCUGCCCCCCGACGGCCGUGUCUCCCACGAGUUCCCGCUGAACGGCAACCAGGAGGACCCCUCGUGCUGCGGCAUCGACGGCAUCCUGGACGCCUAUCACCGCAGCCUGCGCACCGUGCAGCUCUACGGCCCCACCAACUUCGCGCCCGUGGUCACCCACGUGGCCAGGUGAGCAGCCGCCCGCC